AUGUGGCACGAAGCGAAACGGCAAGAAAAACAGCUCCGUGCGCGGAUGAUCGACACGGUGAAGAGGAACGAGCGGAAGAAAAAAUAUUAUGACAAUAUUGUUAGUUUUAGGAAUUAUUUUGAUGAAUUGUUCAACGGAAAAGUUUUUAAUAAGCUUCAAAAUUGCUUUGAAACUGUUCCGAAGAAGCUAUUGAGCAGGAUUUUGUGUUUUCUCCGUUGAAAAAGGCACAAAAUUAUAUGAAAUAACUUGAAAGUUUCAAGAGAAAAGACCCGGAUCAGUUCAUGCAAAUCCACGGCCGCCGGAGUAUCAUCCACACGGAAAGGAGUAUAGCCAAAGCCGCCGAAGACAGCAAUAUUUUGUAACUUUUCUUCUCAUCGAUUUUAUCAUGUUUGAUGAUUUUUAGAAGGCCUUGGAUGGGCGAUAAAGAUGUGAUGAUUGACCGAUUCGAUGCCCGGUCUCAUCUGGACCAUAUUCCGAGUAAAGACGAGAUUAAACGGAGUACUUCCCCGGAUCCGUGAGUUUUCAUAGUGGAAAGGAAAGAAUUUACUUUACUUUUGUACCUUUUUCAAGUAUUUUAGCAUUCAUAGGCAAAGUCGGAAAGAGUGGAAAAGGCUCCAUAGAAAUUUUCCUUUUUUGCUGCCUUUUUGCUGCCUUUUUCCGACCUUUUUUGAGCCUCUUUCUUUUAAUAGCCAUUAUCCACCAUUCCAACUUUGCCUGAGCAUAGUGAAAAAGAAAUGAAAAAUAUUUUUUUCUACCAAUUUUUUUCAGUAUUUUAACAUGUUUUCUUCGUUACGCUCAUUUCUUAACCGUGGUCUUGUUUCAACUUUUUUUCGGAAGCUAUUUUCAAUUUUGAGAUUGUGAUUUUUUUAGUGUUUCUCCAAGUUGUUCUGUAGUUAUCAUUUUAAUUUUUUUAAAAGUUUUUUUUGGAUCAUUUUUUUGAUUUAAGGAGCUUUUUUUAUGCUUUUUAAAAAAAUGUUGAUCUGUAAACAUAGGCGUAGUCAAAAAGGCCAUCCGAGGGUCCUAAAGGCUGCUGGAAGGCUCCAUAGAAAUUUUCCUUUUAGGGUGACAAAGGUUCCUUUUUUGCAGCCUUUUUCCGACCUUUUUGCGGCCUUUUUUGAGCCUCUUUCUUUUAAUAGCCAUUAUCCACCAUUCCAACUUUGCCUGAGAAUAGUGAAAAAAAAAAUAUUUUUUCUACAAAUUUUUCAGUAUUUUAGCAUUUUUUUAUUAUCCUUUUUUUCUUAACCAUUUUCUCAACGUUUUUGUGCUGUUCCAACUUUUUUAGGAAGCUAUUUUCAAUUUUUUUUUUCAUUCAUUUUUUUUUAUUCAAUUUUGAGAUCGUGAUUUUUUUGUGUUCCUCCAAAUUGUUGUGUAGUUAUAAUUCCAGUUUUUGUGAAGUUUUCCGAUUUAAGGUGCUUCUUUAUGCUCCUGUCAUGGUGAUUAAUUAAACUAUAAUUUUUUUUUCAGCAUUUUAGGAUUUUUCAAAAUUUUUUUGCAGGUUUUGUGGUUUUAAAACUUCGUAACACUCUUUUUGACCCUUCUCUUGGUUUUUUUAAGGCGUUUUAUCUUUUUUCUGUGAUAAGAAUUUUUUUUUUAAGGUUUUGUAAAAAUUCAUAUUUUGAAACCGUUUUGAGUGUUUCUUAGCCUUUUUUUCAAUUUUUUUAAGCCAUAAUUUAUAGGUUUUUUUGAGAUGUUUUGCUGUGACAAUAAUUUAGACCUUUGCUAUUUUCGAGCUGGUUUAUAAAAUUGGAAAGUCUCCCUCGUUAAAUCAUGUUAAAACUCAUGAUAAAUUUAUCUAAUUUUUUUCGAAACGUAUUUCAGCGGCCUUACGUGAAUUUCUAUUAAAGCUGUGACGUUUAAAAAAAUGACGAUUUUAGAAAUUAAACGUUGUUUUUUUUGAAUAAAAAAAUAAUGGUAUGAAAAACCAGCAAAAAAAUUCAAACGGCGACUUUUUCCGAUUUUUUUCAUAUCGCUAGAAAAACUUUCCGACGAAUCUUUUUCCGACUUUUUUUUCUCGAUAAAAUCUUCGUUUUAAAUCUUCCUAUAUAAUGUAGGUAGUUGGUUCAUGAUUAAAACACAAAGAAAUAGGAAAAAAAUGUUAACCGAAAAAUAUAAGGGAAAAAAGUCGGAAAAAGAUUCGGCGGAAAGGUGGCCGUCGAAAAGUUCCCUAGCAAUAUGAAAAAUCGGAAAAGUCGUCGUUCGAAUUUUAGCUGGUUUUUUUCAUACCACCUAAAAAUACUGUUCUAGGGUCAAGGAAAAAGAAGACCUCGUUUGCGAUUUCGAACGAUAUCGCGUUUUGAUCAUCAACGAGUUCAAGGGAGUCUCCGAAAAGGUCCAUCAUUUUCAAAAAUCCUGAAAUAAUAAUCAUUUUUCCAGUCGUACCUGAAAAAAAUAGCCGACGCCGAAUUCUGGGCCUCGAAUGCCCACGAAACGCGAAAGGCCGAGCUAGAGAAGAAAAAGUUGAUUUUUCUCAAUUUUCCCUUUAUCGGAAUUCUUCCAGAAAAUCGUCAGAAAACAAGGCAAAUAUCGGAUUUUCCUACGAGAAUUCGGAAACAGUUCGCGGAAGGAAAGUUGAGCCGCAUUUUGAGAAUGAAAGCGACGACGAGCUGCCCGAACCCGAGGAUAUUGGUGGGAUAGUUUGGGGUUUCAAAAAAAUUCAGGAAACCUUUUUUUCUCAUUUUAGAAUCUGGAAAAGCUGGGAGUUUUUUUAAAGAUUUUUCGGAGCCACUUUUAAUAAAAUUAAGAACAUUUUUGUGACCGCCCAUAUUUUUUCCGUAAAGUGUAGUGUGUAGUGUGCAUGCACCGCGGCGCUCUUGCACAUACCGUGUUCAAAUUUUCGCGAAAUGUACAAAUUUAUAAUUUCGGGACCCGUUAGAAAAAAAAUCGGUUGAAAACACGCUAAAAACCAAAUUUUGAACAUAUUUGAGCAUUUUUCAACGAAUAUUCUAAAAUCGCGCUUAAAAGUCACCAUAUCGCGAAAUUUUAUAUGAUCCCAUUUUUCUAACGUCUCUCAAUUCCGCGUAUUUCAAGGAAUCAUCAAAAACGAAUCACGCGCCAAUUUUGAAAUCCCCGAAAAUAUUUUGAACUAGGCAUUAGUUCUAAUGACCCGUUAAGCAUACCAAUAAUUUAUCGAGUAUAAUUUUUUUAAAUUUCAAAUUGCGAGUGGUGAAAUUUUUUUCUGGAACAAGGAACACUAAAAAGUUACAAGUUUUUUUCUCUGGGGGUACUUUUUAAAUAAACUUUUUUUCUUAAUUUGAAGAGGUUAUCGUCCGAAUUUUCGACAUUUGAACUAACCGCGUUGAAUUGAAGAUAUAGCUGAUUCACGGCUAUCUUGGGACGCUAAGGGGCGUGUCCUGUCUGCGCUCUCCACGAGCCAGGCGCUGUCUCGUGCAUUAUCGUGUCAGGACCCUUUUUUCGAUGGCUCAAGCCAGCCGUGAAUCAGCUAUAGUUUUAUUUUUCGGCUUAAAAAUCAUGAGUUCUCCUCCCCUUUUUCUGUCAACGAACUAGGAAAAACUCGAGUGGCCCCUUAAGAGGUUCCUCAAGGACACUAAAGCCAUUACUUUGCGUCUUAGUGGCCACUACAGUAGUUUUUAGUUGUCUAGUUGUACCACUUAGAUUGCUAAAGUAGCCACUAAAUUUUAGACACUCAAAUGGCCACUAAUUCGACUUAUAUAAUGGCCAGUAAAACGUCUAAACCCUGAAGUGGCCACUAAGAAUUUUCCUUAAAAUGCAAAGGGGCGUGGCCAGUCUGCGCUGCCACUAUCUCCUUUUUUUCGUUUCAGGACCUAUUUUUCUACGGCUGAAGCUGGUUGACUUCUAAAGAGGUCACUAAAUUUUACGCUCUUAAGUGGCCACUUGUUUGACUUUAGCGGCAACAAAACCGUUAUUACCCUAAAGUGGACACUGAAAUUCUCAGAGUAGUGCUUUUCUUUGUACUUCAACAGAUUUUUUUCAAAAUUUGAUCGGAAAUUGGAAUUUAUUUCUUUACACGAAAUCCCGCCUACUGUAGAAGACGACAUUCAUUGCAUCAGUACUCGUUGCAGACGUCGACAUCAACACGGCGGAGAUGGACGCCUCGGCGCAGCGUCGGAUGAACGGCGUCGGCGAGGGCUACGGUAUCGGACGGUCGUUGUGCGUCUCGCUGCUCCGGGCCGACGCACAGGCCCAACACGACCAGCAAACGCUCAAAAACAUCGAAAAGCAAAAAAACGCCCUCGCUGUCCGUAUAUUCAUCUUCCUCCUCACCUUCUUCUUCUUCUUCUUCGAACCGCCAAGGAGGCUAGGAUGAACUUGAGCUUAGCUUUCGAUUUUGCUCCUUAGAAGUGUUGGGAGUUCUGGAAAAACAUCCCAUUUUGUCCUUAUGAGAAGGAAAAGUAGUGGAGUGGAUAUAUACUCUGUUUUUCGCGACUUCUCUGCGCCCUCCUCGUCUCUCGAAGACCCUCUCAUGUUGACGUACUAUUUUCAUGCUUCUCUGACCUCGCCGGUGAAGAAACAGAGAGACGCAGACAUAAGAAAAUUGUUAAGAUUGGGCUAUAGAAGAAAAAAAAAACUUAGAUUAAAAUCCUCAGUGACACAAACUGGACGCGCCCCGGACGCUUCUGAGCAAUUCUAAAACACUUGAACAACGUCAGAACACUUAAGUGGUUACUUGAAAAGCUCAUAGAUUUUCAAGGACAUCUCUAGUGACCCCUUUAGCGGCGUCAGAACCCUUAAGAGUUCACUAAAAUUGUUCAGAAACGUCCAAGGUCAUUUCUAGUGAUCCCUUAAGCGGCCUCAGCACCCUCAAGUGUUCAUUACGAAAGCUCCUUGGCGCGUCCGGUUUGCGUUACCGAGGUCCAAGCAUGAAAAGAGACGUCCGAACUUUCCAAUUUACCGUGAAGCAAGUUUGCUAAGCGUCUGAACUUUACAAACGUCCGGAUUUAUUAGAAAUAUUAGAACUUCAACAGGUUGAAGUUGAGAAAAUGCAGUAGGGUUCGAAAAAAUUGAAAGUUUAGCUUUAAAAUCAAGUGAACAAAGUCCGGAACAAUCUAGCUUUCAUUCAAUUUUUCCAGCAGAGGGAAUUUUUCUCAUAGGCUAAUCGAAGUUCUAAAAGUUGAGAAUUUUUAAUGACUUUUUUGUUUAUUUCAAAAAACAGUUUUAGUUUCAACUGAACAAAAAAGUGGAUUUUUUGUUUUUAGAUAACUUGAUAAAAAUGGAAGCAUUGGAAUGUGCAAAUUCUUCUUGAAAGUUUACGGGAUUUUCUUGUUUUUGUGCUUUUUUCAAGUCCUGAGUAGUUUUCCUUACCUUUACGAAAUUCUGAAUUUUUGAAUUCCUGAUCGAAAUUUGUAAAAUGAGCCAUUUUGAACCCCAGCCCUUCUAAUGAGCAAUUUGCUGAGAAAAUUUUAAAAAAAUGCGGUUUUUCCUUGGAUGUCGGUAAACACUCUUUGAGCUUGUAUAUAUUUUUUUGAAAAUUCCUAGAAAAUUGAUGGAAUUUAGGGACGAGACGCGAAACACGAGCGAAUGUUGUUGAGGAAACAACGGGCGGCGAUUGUUGGCAAGGGCUGUCAGGACGGAGAACAGGGCGCCACGACCACCUUGUUGAGGUGUCUGAAGAAGUUUUUCCGAGUAGAAGGCAUUUUCAAUCGAUUGAUCAUUUGUUUUGCUGGAUUGAAUCCACUAGGCGGUUAACAAGAACUUUCAAAGCUAUAAAGAACAACCGCCUUGGGCGAACUAAAAGUCCAAAUGUCUAGUUGAUCCAGUUGAAAGCAUGGCCUUAGGGUUCUUAAGAGCCAGAAUCCCGGCGCGUCUCCCCCAUAGGCAAUGGGUGGAAAACGGGUGCAAAAUGGCCGCUAACAGGAAUCCGUUUUGGGGCCUUUAUUGAGCCUUUCUUUCUUGGUGGCCUAAAAAGCCUCAAAGGGUGAAAAAAGGGUGCUGAAAUGCUCGGCCAUUGAUGAUUUCCGAUUUUAUAACUGUAGUACAUUUUGGUUCGUACACAGUCACUGGUAAAGAUACAUCUCAAUUUCAAAGAUUUGGUGUUUCUCAAAAAGGUCCAAGGAGGGUGGAUAAAGGCCGAUAAAAGGACCGAAAAAGGCAGUGAAAAGGAAACCGUUUAGGAACAAUUAAUAGAAACAGAUGGAUCCAUAACGGACGCCCAAGGGGCCCGUAAAGGGUCCUUCCGACUUUGCCUAUGACUUCUCGAGCCUUUAAAUUUUGAGAAAAAAAUUGGAAGGCUUCAUAAAAGGACUCUUUUUGCUGCCUUUCUACGACCUUUUUUGAGCCCUUCUACGACCUUUUUUGAGCCCUUCUACGACCUUUUUUGAGCCCUUCUACGACCUUUUUUGAGCCCUUCUACGACCUUUUUGAGCCCUUCUACGACCUUUUUGAGCCUUUCUGCGACCUUUUUGCGUUUUUUGCGACUUUUUCUAAGCCUCUCCCGUUUAGCGGCCAUUAUCCACCAUUCUAACUUUGCCCGAACCGCUUUUUUGUUCCUGAGUGGGCGUGGCCUAUUUCAGUAGCGGCAUGCCUUAUUGCAAAAGGGGCACGGUUAUUUAAGAAGCAUUUUGCGGACGUAAAAAUCGCAUUGACCAGUUUUUUUCCAAAUUCCUGCAAGUUUCUGGAGAGCUUGUAUGUAUUGAAAAUUAACAAGUACAUAUAUUGGAGAAAAAAGAGACUAAUUAGCUAAUAAGAGAAAAGUUUUCACCCAAAAUGAAGUUUUCAAGACAGUCCGCUUUUGAAAAUCGAACUUUUUGCUGUUAAACCAGAGUUUUGAAUCACGAGAUCUUUUUCCAAUCUCUAUCUUCUAUUUUUCAGCUUCAUCGCCAAGAAAAACAAAAAAGACAGCGAUAAAGGUCGACUUCUGUUACAAAAUUCGUCGAGCGAGUCCGACAGUGAUGACGACAAAAAGCCGGAGUUUAUCACGACCUUUGGCGGUGGUAAAGGUGAAAAUUGAGGAAAAUAUUGAUUUGGAUUUCUUUGUCAACGAGUUUUAAAAUAGACGUCAGAGAGUGGAAAAGAUAACUAAAUUUUAAAGGAUCAGAGAUAAUGUUCAAUUUCGUGAAACUUUUUUUUUCAUAUACGGCGGCAUUAUUGUUUGAGAUAUAAGUCGAGGUUUUUAGAAAUAAUGCAUUUUAAAUUUAGGCUUAAAUUCCUUGUCCCUUAAGGUUAAUUUAUAAUAAAGAACCCAUAAAAGGACCAUUUUUAGGUAGCGACGAAGAACGGGAAAGGGUCAAUCGGUUCACCUUGGGACCACAUCUUUCUCGUUUGGACCAACAAGAAAAAAAUCCGAUCCAGUUGGUUUUUCAACUCGAAAAGUCGUAUUCAGAAAAAAAGAUGAAGGAUUUUGACCCCUUUUUGUACACGGAAAAAUCUCGUUUUUUUUCUGUUUUUUUCCGGAAAAUUAUUCGAAACACCGGUUUAGUUGGUUUCUGAAUGAAAUUAUCAUUUAAAAAAAUGAAAAAAAUAAUCCGAGAUUUUGACCCCUUCUUGUACACGAAAAAAAUCACAAAAAAAUGGAAAAUAUUUUUUUAGAUUUUUGACCCCUUUUUGUACACGAAAAAAAUCUCGUUUCUCAUUUUCCAGUUUUUUUCGGAAAAAUUAUUCGCAACGCCAAUUGGGUUGAUUUCUUAAUUGAGAUUAUCAAGAAAAUGAAAAACCAAGAUUUUAACUUCUUUUUACACGAAAAAAAUCACUAAAAAAAUGAAAAAAAUAAUCCAAGAUUUUGACCCCUUUUUUUGUACACGGAAAAAAUCUCGUUUCUCAUUUUUCUUCAAGUUUUUUUUCUCUCCGAUUUUGGUGAAAUUCUCCCCAAGGGACAUCCAUCCCCCGGGCCGCUAAACGUCAUCUUUUAAGCCUUCCUAGUUUUUUUUCCUCCCAGCAAACUGACGAAGCGUGAAAAGACGCCGGAAUUCGUCGAAUGGGGCGAGAAACCGUCGACUUCGACGACGACGGCCGCCAAGAAGAAGGAGCCGGAAGACGUGAAGAAAAGAGGGAGGAGCAGGUCGAAGUCGUCUACGUCCAGGUCGAGGUCCGGGUCUCGAGAUGCGCCGAUGUGGAAGAGGAAGAGGUCGGACAGCGAGCGGAGCAAGUCUGACAAGAGGUGGAUCUUUUUGAAGAUCGGAAAAAAGUUUUGAAGCUUCUUGAAAAGUUCCUAGUGCAAAGAAGUCUUAAGGAAUGUUAGUAAUAGUUAUAUAACUUUUGAAAAUCUUCGGCAAGUCGUCAGAGUGCUCCCUAGAGGGUUUAGGAGUAAAUACAGCCCCCCAUAGGAGACAAAACGGGUCCCUGUAGGAGUAAAAUUUAAGUGGUCCCUUUAGGAGCCUAAGGUUUGACCAUCCUGAGCAUCUAAGGCUAAACUAACUUUUUUCGCAAGUUUUAGUGUCCCCCAGAGCGGAACUGGUACCAUAGGGGAACCUUCAAUAACCCCCUAUAAUGACUACUUUGGCUUUCCUGAGUUAGGCAUUUCACAGGGAAUCUUAACACUUUUACAUUUAAGAAAGUUUUUCGGAUCCUUGGAGCUUUAAAAAGCACCCUCAGAAUAAAAAAAAGCUUCUAAGGCUUCUGAGAGCAAGUCCGACAAGAGGUGAACCUAUUUGAAGCGCGGAAAAAGUUUUGAAGCUUCUUGAAAAGUUCCUAGUGCAAAGAAGUCUUAAGGAAUGUUAGGAAUAGUUAUAUAACUUUUUGAAAAUCUUCGGUAAGUCGUCAGAGUGCUCCCUAGUGGGUUUAGGAGUAUUUACAGCCCUUAAGGGUGGCAAAAAGUGUUCCCUGAAGGGGUAAAAUUUAGGGGUUUAGGCUCUGCCCCUUUUCUCUUGAGGCUUGAGUGGUCCCCUAUAGCGGUUUUUAUAUUUUGUAUGAUUCGAAAAAUAAGAAUACGCUUUAAAGAGAAGUAUAAAGGCCACUAGGAUGCCUUCCUAGAGUGUCCUUCAUUGAAACCCCCUAGAGUGACCACUUUAGUGCCUCUAUAGGGAGAGGUAAGUAUUUCUUUAACUAAGACGUUUUUCCGACUCCCUGGAAGUCUUUUCAAGGUUCUUAGACAAAAAAAAGCGCCUCAGGCUUCUAAGAGCAAUUUUUAGGGCUAGCCGACGUCUUCAAAUGAGCCGAAAUGAUUGUUGGAUCGUUAGAAAGUUUAUAGAAGCUUUUUCAAGAGAGUCUUUCUUUAAGGCUUUAUUAAAGUAUUUUUCAGUUUUUAGACGAGAUUUGAACUUUUUAGAAUGCUUAGAAAGUCGUUAUUCUUAGCUGAACUUAUUUCAUUCUACUGCAAAUCGAUACGGUAUUUCUGAAGAAGUUUCUAAUUUCAGAAGCAGCGACAGCAGCAGCAGUUCCAGUGAUGAGAAGUCUGCCAGCGAGGAUGUCAAAAUGCUCGAAAUUCGGUGCGCAUCAGCUUCAUCGCUGUUUUCAAAGUCGAACUUCAGAUCAAGCAUGUCCGACUCGGAGAAGGAGCGGAUUGAGAUUGAAAACAGAAAAAGGAGGGUGAAGUUGACCAAGAAGCUGGUGAAGGAGAACAAGGUGACGGCGCCGGACGACGGCUCCGAUUCGGAAGAUGAGAAGGUGGGAAUGGAUGUGAUAGCAUUCAAGGGACGUCAUUAAUCGGUCGGAGAUGACUUGAGUGACGUCACUCUUCAGUGAAAAUGAUUCAGAUGACGUCAUUGAAAGAGAUUGUCAAAAAAUUAUAGCCGAUUCACGGCUGCCUUAACAGCCAAAAAGUAGGUCCUGGCACGAUAAAAAACGAGAUAGUGCCUGAGUAGUAGAGAGCGCAGACAGGCCACGCCCCUUUGCGUCCCAAGCUAGCCGUGAAUCGACUAUAUCUGAACUUACACUUCGGAUGCAUAUUUUUGGUUCUUCAAGAUUAGAUGGCGUCAUAAAAUCAGAUCAAAUCAAAAUGACGUCAUAAUAAGGCGAAUAACUCUUCCGGUGACAUCAUAAGGCGUGAUGAUUUUCAAGAAGUGUAAAAUGACGUCAUUCAAAUUUUGAUGUUUUUUCCAGUUCUCCUGACUUAGAGUUGCGUCAUAAGUUGCUAAAAAUGAAAUUUCGGUAGUAUUGUAAGAUGACGUCACUAUUCGAUUUUUUGGGAUGAAAAAUGACGUCAUAAUAAGGUGGAGAACUCUUUCGGUGACGUCAUAAGGCGUGAUGGUCCUCAAGAGUGUAAAAUGACGUCAUUUAAAUUCUGGUGUUUUGCCAGUUUCCUUGACUUGAAGUUGCGUCUUUAAUUGCAAAAAAAAAAUUAUUUUUGGCAGUGUCACAAAAUGACGUCAUCUAUAGAUUUUUGGGAUUGAAAAAUGACGUCAUAAUAAGGCGUGAAACCUUCACGAUGACGUCAUAACGCGUGAUGAUCUUCCAGAAAUUUCGAAUGACGUCAUUUAAAUUCUGGUGUUUUUAAAGUUCCCCUGGCUUAGAGUUGCGUCUUUAAUUGCAAAAAAAAAUUAAUUUUUGGCAGUGUCACAAAAUACUGCCAAAAAUAUAUUGACGUCACUAUUAGAUUUUUGAAUAGAAAAAUGACGUCAUUGUAACUGAAAACGGAAAAAAAAGCUAUUUUAUCACCCUUACACGGGAAGUGCAAAAGGUCGAGGUAUUGGAAUUUGAUGAGACUUGGUAUAUAGGUACUUUCGGACAUCCUGAAUCCAAAGAAGUUGAAAAAAAGUGCGCCUUUUUGGUUCUGGUCGAGUUAUAGCGCCUCAAAUUUUGCACGCAAAAAAUGCAUUGGAAGGGAGGAGGGAAUGUGUUGCGGCGGCUAACUCUAGCUGCCAGCAGGCAGCGUGGUGUAGUGGCUAGCGGCCUAGCGCUAUGGAACCUAUGAUGCAGGUUCGAGUCCUUUUUGGUGCAAUUUAUUUUUGCCAUUUUUUGUUUCUUCGAAAAAAUGAGGAAUUUUUGAAGAUGGAAUAAAAAUCAGCGCUCAAAACUUCAAAAUUCACUAAUUUACUUCGUUUUGAGAAAAAUUCUGGACAAAGUUUUUUUUCGUCUUUCUCGUUCAAGCUCAAUGGGCUUCAAUAGAUAGUAAAAAUUUAUUCUUAAAAAGUUCAUCGGAGGAAAGGGAUUGAAUCUAAUUUUUUUAACUUUUUUUAUUUAUUUGAGUUUUUUUCAAGGAAGGGUCCCCUGACUAUAGUCGUCAAUUUGAACCGUUUAAUUGAACGUCCAUACAAUCUUUUUUCUACAGGUGACCUGGUUUCAAACAUGCUCAACAGUCGACCGUUUAACUACUUCUUCUUUGGAUGAGCUUCAAAAUUUUAGAAAUUCAUUCUCCAAAAUCAACGUUUUAUACAAAAAAAUUCCAAACGGCUCGAAGUUUAAUUAUGACGACUAUACUGACCAUAUAAAAAAAUGUGAAACAAAAAAAAACUUUGUCCAGAAUUUUUCUCAAAACGAAGUAAAUUAGUGAAUUUUGAAGUUUUGAGCGCUUAUUUUUAUUCCAUCUUCAAAAAUUCCUCAUUUUUUCGAAGAAAAAAAAUGACAAAAAUAAAUUGCACCAAAAAGGACUCGAACCUGCAUCAUAGGUUCCAUAGCGCUAGGCCGCUAGCCACUACACCACGCUGCCUGCUGGCAGCUAGAGUUAGCCGCCGCAACACAUUCCCUCCUCCCUUCCCAUGCAUUUUUUGCGUGCAAACUUUGAGGCGCCAUAACCCGACCAGAACCAAAAAGGCGCACUUUUUUUCAACUUCUUUGGAUUCAGGAUGUCCGAAAGUACCUAUAUACCAAGUCUCAUCAAAUUCCAAUACCUCGACCUUUUGCACUUCCCGUGUUAGCAUUAAAACUCCACGAUUUCCAGGCGGCCAUAGCGCGAAAAAUUCGCAAGAAGAUGCACGAAAAGCUGCGGCAGACCCGCGAGGAGCUGCAGCGUGACGAGGAGAAGAAGCGUCGAGAAGCGUACCGAGAGAAGAGGGUUUCACUCCUUCCCCUGUACCGACCUAAACCGGUUUUCGCAGGUCCGCGACGAGCUGAUCCACAUCGAGGAGCAGGAGCGCUGCGAGCGGGAGCGCGAGAGACGACGUCAGGAGCGGAAGAAGCUCGACGAGGCCGACAAGGAGGGUCGACGUCAUCGAAGUCGGACUCGGAGUCGGAGUCGCAGCCGGAGCAGAAGUCGUGACAGGAAGAAGGAGCAUCGAAGGGACCGCUCUAGUGACCACUCGAGGGAUCGGCAUCGAGACAGAGAUCGCAGAGAUCACAGGGAUCGGUACUCGUCUCGCCGUUGA